AUGGAAUACUCGUACUAUCGGCCAAGCACUCCGCCAGGGUUACCAUAUGAGGGAAUCGUUCGAAUGACCCACAGUCGCAAUGCAUCCGACUCGUCUAUAUACUCCAAUGAUUCCUCGCCUUGGUCUGCAGUCACCUCAGUCACCAGCCCGAGCACUGAUUCUCCCCCCCGUUAUCAUCAUGGGCCAGCCCUUCUUCCCAAAAUUAGGGACCAGGAUGUGGUCAUUGAACCAGCUCCAGCUAAUGGGCCGCAGCGUCAUCGUAAAGUGCUAUCGAACACCCGGAAUCCACCUGGUUUCUUACCAUACCCUCCCAAUCGUGCAGCAGCUCGAUGUCAUAGCACUGAAUGUGUGGACUACUACACUGUGCCAUCCCCAGUCUCGCCCAUGUACGCUGAUUCAGCAUUGGCGUCUCCUGUGAGCAUAACGUCUUCGCACAAGCGCAAAGUGUCCAGUGCACAUUCUCGAUCGUGCUCUGCAUCCAGUGUCGAUGAGGCAACCUUGGCCCGAUAUGGUUAUUCCACAUACAGGCAGCUCUCUAAGUACUCUGGACAACCACAAGGGUCCCCUACUGCACCAGCCACCCCAGUCACGCCCAAUAUCAUUGUAUAUCCGCCGUACUCGCAGCCUUCUAUUGUUGGUCCCUUCUCGCGCACUUCUCGAGCCCGAACACAGGCUCCACCAGUGCUUCCAGUUUCCCCUUACAGCUAUUCCCAAGUUUCGAGUGCCCAGUGCUCACCAACUGGCUUUGUCCACGGUGUUGAUAGAAUAAACCCAUCAUCUACAACUCUUCUUUCAUACCUGACCGGGCCAACACAAGCGAUCAAUCUGGUUCGAAACGUAAGCGUGAUUCCAACACGAGGGAUGCAUGACUACUUCUGGUGGGAUAUCCGGAACUUGCGCAGCUGGUCCUCAUUUUCCCUGUCCACAUUCCAUUCGAUCAACGGCCUCACGAAGCUCCUGAAGACAGCAAUCCCGUCACAUCUGACCCCACCAACCGUGGUCUCAGGUUCGCGCUUGUGUCCUGAUUCUGAAUUCACCUUGGUUGACCUUAUCCAAGAUAUAUAUGCACCACGAGUGAAUGCCGCUUUGGCCGUGUCUCAAGGCCCAAAUCACCUGGCGCUCUAUGCUACCCCUGUCCCACGGAUCCAUGGCAACAGGAACUAUGGCGGUCCGCAUUUCCUUGCAAAUUACACUUCAGAUACGGAGCGGACAAGCUCGGGUCUGCCCCGUGGACGGCUGGUAGGAAUCAUCAAAACUUUCGACCGUUGGAACACCAGUAUGCGCACUGAAGCACCUCAUCGGCGGGUUGAGUAUUUAAAUGGUCUAGCGCACCUUCAGCGGUGUAUGCGCGAACAUUCCUGCCGAUACGGCUUCAUUAUUACAGAGAUCGAGCUUGUCUGCGUGCGGGCGGGGUGCGACGAGGGUGACGACGUGCCUUAUUUUGGCUUCCUCGAGGUUUCAGCUCCUAUACCCACUAAACUUGCGGCGAGUCCAGACGACGGCUACUUGAAACCUUGCUCAGUCCCUUAUGGUCACCCUCAAUCGCCCACACCGUCCAGCGACAGCUCAUUGGCCAGUCAAUCUCCUAUCUUAGACGCAUAUUCUUCACCAGCCCCAGACGAGCUUGAUGUACCGAUGACGGCAAGCCUCGCUUUAUACUUCCUCCUAAUGCUUUCUAAAUCUGUGCCUUUGCCAUCCCAGCCGUCCUCUCACCUGAAUGUUGGCGGACCCGGAGCCCUAACUCGACAACGUAUCCUCCCAGAAGGGAAAGACAAAUGGAUUCCAGAGCCACAGAUUGGAGAAAAGCGAGAUGCCAAACGAGUGAGAGGCUGGAUCUGGCCACAAGAUGCCUGGCAUCGGCGUGAGGGAGGUGGAGCACCACGUUCGCGAGCGACUGGUGUGGAAGGCAAACCAAAAAAAUGGCAUAAGUAA